CGCACUGCACAAACUGUCAAUGAUCACCGCGCAUCAGAAAACGCCGAAAAACAAUCUCCAUUCUUUCAUUCGCAUUGAGAAUUGAAUUUGCUCUUUGAUUAUUACUUUUAUUUAGCCAAAAUUCGUGUUUUGAAUCCGUUAUUCGAACCGACCAAUCAAAUGAACGCAGCGUCUGCUAAACAGAACUCGAGCGGUUCCGAAAGUGACCACUCGACAGACGAAAUCUGGGACGACACGUUAAUUAUACGUAAAUAUGAUGAAUCGCUAGCCAUGGUCAAGGAAGAGGUCGCUAAGCGGUUGGCUAUGAAAACUAACAAAAAAAUGUUAGCAGCUAAAGUCGCUGCGUCCUCCGGACAGCAGGCCGAAUCUGGCGGAAAUGAAGAAGCCGCUGCAGUGAAAGACGAGCAGCCUUCCGAAGAAGGCGCCACAGCUGCAGAGAAAGGUUCUAGUGAAAUUGAUGAAAAAGCUGUGUUCAAGCCGGGGGAGUAUUACCGUGCCACGUACGAUGAUGGCGUCGACUAUGAGAUUAAAAUACUGGCUGUGAAGGAGGGCGAAGCCCUUAUUCGCUACAUUGGCUAUAACAAUGAACAGACGGUUCCGGUGGAGAACCUGGUUCCUUCUUGGGGUCGUAAAGCCCGCCGUAAGCAGCGUGAGGACGCGGCAGAAUUGGCUGUAGAAGACGAUCAACACCAGCAGAUGGAGAUAAGCGACGAUGAAGAAAAGCUUACUAGAAAAGCAAGCAAAAUUCGGAUCAACUACAGCCCGAACUUUCGGAUGCCAAAGGCGGGCCCGUCCACGAUGCCAGCUGCCGGUUACAGUGCCGGACCGAUGGGAAUGGGUGCUUCCUUUAUGGUACCGCCGCCACCGCCAAUGCCUCCGAUGCUAGAGGAUGAGGACGAUCUCGAGUCAGAAAAUCUCUCGGCCAUGCUUAUGUCCUGGUACAUGAGCGGCUAUUACACAGGACUUUACCACGGACAGAAGAUGUCGCAGAAGCGAGCAAGACCAUCUUAGUGAGGAGGGUAAUUUUUUGUUGAGGUAUUCUAUUUUUGACUUAUAUUACUUUUAGCUUGUAAGGAUCCUUCUUUUCGUUCGUUUGUAAAACAAGCGGAGUUCGUAAUGAAUUUCGCUUUUUUACUGAUCAGGAAUUUGAAUAUUUUAAGUUCCGCAAAAUAAUUUAACAAAAUGAGAGAUAAUAAAAACACGGUUGUUCAUAGAA